CCCUGUGAACUAGCCACUCGGCUGAAUUGCCUGUUAUACGCUGAUGAUGUGGUACUGAUUGCAAACCGACGCCAUCUACAACAUCUAUUACAUCUGUUUAACUGGAUAUAUCAACAUCAAUGUGAAAAUCACAGUUACGCCCUUGGUUACCGCUGGCACCCUGAUAAAUGUGUUAUUCUCGAUCCCCAUAAUGACCCUAUGACCUAUAGCCUUUAUGAAUCCCCCUUAAGGUCAGUUAACUCAUUUCCCUACCUUGGUGUUCCUUUCCACCCGGGUGGCUAUGUGGAUCCCAACGAACUAAUCCGUAUCAAUACCACGAAAGCAUUGGCUACGAUGGAUAUCCUCAGUUCUAUUGGCUUAAACAACCAUGGUUUUGAGAAUGGCUCUUCGAUUUUAUGCUCAAAUGAUCCGGCCUCAACUAGAGUAUGGUGCAGCUACAUAUACAGUAUGUCCUUUCACCUCCGCCAACAUCCUCAGACUAGAGAAGGCCCAAAAUACCUGUAUUCGAAGGAUCUUUGGUGGUUCGUCCCGUUCAUCUGUAAAAGUAAUGCUCCGCAUGGCUGA